AUGGCAUGCAGCAUAUACAGCAAUGAUGAUGGUUUGCGCCUUGACAGACUUUUUAUCCAGAAGGAUAAUGCCACAAUCCAUGUGGAUGGGACUUUGUUAGGGCCGAAAACCAAUCUUCAUUUUGCUGUGCUAAAUUUUCCCGUGAGUCUAGUCCCUACACUGGUUCAGGUCAUUGAAUCUUCAGCUACUGAUGCUGUCCGCUCGUUGCGGCAAUUAUUAGCACCAAUUAGGGGUGGUGCCAUCGGGGGCAUUGAUCUUGGAUGGGCUGAAAUUGUUGCUUCCCUAACCUCAACUGGUCGUUUUCUAUUCAAUGCAAAAUUUGAACCUAUCAUUCAAAAUGGCCACGUACACAUUCAAGGAAGUGUCCCUGUCACUUUCGUUCCAAAUAAUAUUCUACUGGAAGAAGAUAUUGAAACAGAUAAAGGAGCAGCAGCUUGGUUCCCCGGUUGGCUGAAAGAAAGGGGUACGGGCUCUGCUGAUGAAGCCAGUGACAAUAAAGUUUCUAGAUAUAGAAAUGAAGAAGGUUGGGAUACUCAAUUAGCAGAAAGCCUGAAAGGUCUAAACUGGAACAUUUUAGAUGUUGGAGAAGUUAGAGUUGAUGCAGAUAUUAAAGAUGGGGGUAUGAUGUUGUUAACAGCUCUGUCUCCUUAUGCUAACUGGCUUCAGGGCAAUGCUGAAAUUAUGCUCCAGGUCAGAGGUACGGUUGAACAGCCAUUGCUCGAUGGAUCUGCUUCAUUCCACAGGGCAUCUAUAUCAUCACCAGUACUCCGAAAACCGCUCACAAACUUUGGUGGCACUGUCAAUGUGAAAUCAAAUAGACUAUGCAUCACUUCAUUGGAUAGUAGGGUGGGCAGAAGGGGAAAGAUUUUUCUGAAAGGGAAUCUGCCCCUCAGAACCAGUGAAGUCUCCCUUGGUGAUAAAAUUGACCUGAAAUGUGAAGUCCUGGAAGUACGGGCAAAGAAUAUACUUAGUGGUCAGCUUGACACUCAGAUGCAAAUAACUGGCUCUAUAUUGGAACCAAAUAUUUCUGGAAUUCUAAAAUUGAGCCAUGGAGAAGCAUAUCUGCCACAUGAUAAGGGUAGUGGAGCUGCUCAUUUUAAUAGAUUGGCAUCGAACCAGUCCCAGCUUCCUAGCAGUGGCGUCAAAUUCAAUCAUGCAGUUGCUUCGAGAUAUGUUUCACGGUUUUUCAGUUCAGAACCUGCUACUUCAUGGGCCAAAUUCACCCAAUCCCCAGUUAAAUCAGCUGGAACUGAAAAGGAAAUGGAGCAAGUGAACGCCAAACCAAAUUUAGAUAUCCGCCUCAGUGAUUUAAAGCUUGUUCUAGGACCAGAAUUGAGGAUAAUUUACCCUUUGAUUCUUAAUUUUGCUGUCAGUGGAGAGCUUGAGCUAAAUGGCCUGGCUCAUCCCAAAUUGAUAAAACCUAAAGGUAUUCUAACAUUUGAAAAUGGUGACGUGAAUCUUGUGGCGACUCAGGUGAGGCUUAAGCGAGAGCAUCUGAAUGUCGCAAAAUUUGAGCCCGAGUAUGGGCUAGAUCCAAUGCUUGAUUUAGCUUUGGUUGGAUCCGAGUGGCAAUUCAGAAUUCAAAGUCGGGCCAGCAAUUGGCAAGACAAACUGGUAGUGACCUCAACACGAUCCGUGGAACAGGAUGUCCUUUCACCUACUGAGGCUGCUAGAGUCUUUGAGAGCCAAUUGGCGGAGUCCAUCUUGGAAGGUGAUGGCCAGCUGGCACUUGAAAAGCUUGCGACUGCAACACUUGAAACAUUAAUGCCAAGAAUUGAAGGAAAAGGAGAAUUUGGCCAGGCUAGGUGGAGAUUAGUAUAUGCGCCACAGAUCCCUAGUUUGCUCUCUUUCGAUCCGACAGUUGAUCCUCUCAAAUCUCUGGCCAAUAAUAUUUCAUUCGGUACUGAGGUUGAAGUCCAGCUAGGGAAACGCUUUCAGUAUUUCUGUACGGUGGGAAGAUUUUCAGAAUGGUUGAAUGUAAUGGAGUACAUGAUCUGUAAUGGCCAAACUCCAACUAUAAUCACUUUUAAUAUGCUAAUGGACAAACUCUGCAAGAGUGGGUUACUAGGAACUGCCCUCCGGAUUUUUAAAUAUCUUAAGAACUCCGGGUAUGUUCCUGAUACGAUUUCAUAUAAUAUUCUUAUGCGUGCUUCCAUAAGGGAGGAUCUUAACAUGCUGGUGGACCAAUUGUUCAAGGAAAUGUAUACCCAAGGGCUAAAGCCUGAUGCCUAUACCUAUGGGUCCAUCAUUUAUGGCCUUUGUAGGGAACGGAAGAUAUCAAUUGCUCUCCAGAUGAUGGAUCAGAUGCGAGAGAAUGGGCUUACUCCAAGUAUUGCAAUUUACAGUAUCCUAUUGAAAGCAAUGCUCCAAAGCGGUUGGAUGAAGAAAUAUCCUGAAGUCAGGAAGCUUCUAGGGAUUGUGAUUAUGAGAUAAUUUCAAGGAAGAAACUCGGCAUGGCAUGAUAAGAAUUUCAUUAAUCAUACUCUUGGAGCUCACUACUCUCACAUUAUCUGAAUUGCCAAGAAGAUCAAACUUUUAAUCAGUUUUGAGAAUAAAACCAAUGGGCCGGUUUAUAAAGUUCACGUUCACAUGCCAAAGAAACCGCCACCUGUGGAGAGCAAGCUUGCCGAGCUGUACUCUGGAUCAACAAGGAAAAUGAAGAUUUCAAGGAGUGGUUGAUGCCAAUAAUGGGUAUGCUAUAAUUACAAACGACUAGUGCCAGAACCUGGAUGGCAAAAAACAGCCCCCAGCAGACCUGGUGUUUGUGAGUGAUGAGAAAUUCCAUGAUGUAUACAAAAGAGAUGUCAACGACCUAAUUAGGGGUGAACAAAAAGACCGAAGACCCGACCCGGCCUGAAUUACCGGACCAACCCGACCCGACCCGAAUUACCCGACCCGGUUUUGUUUUAAAGCGGAAACGGAAUACCCGUUACCCAAUUUGUUUUUAUUUCGUCUAAAACUCACGAAUACCCGCUCGACACCCUCUCCCUCGCAGCCGCUCUCCUCCUCGCAAGCUCACUCUCUCCAUCGCAGCUCACUCUCGCCGAUCUCACUCUCUCCAUCGCAACUCAGAAUCAAGGAAUAGAAACUGCAUUGGCAGGAGUGCUAAUACCAGUAGCUGUGGUCUGUUUAUCAGCACUCAUCCCCUAGAAUAAUAGAUAAAUAGGCGCUUGAACUCAAGGUUUUUACUUCUGGUGUUGAUGUACAUCCCUUGCUAGCUGAAGUUGAGGACUUUUAUUUAUGCUGUAUGCAUAUCUAUGCUUAUAUUGUUUUGAUGUAUGUGAGGUUUGGCGCUUUUUAGCUUGCAUGGCCACCAUAUUGUCGAGACCUUUGGAUGGCAGAUGAAACUCUUGUUUUUCACUUUAUGAAUUAUGAUGAUGAUGAUGCUACUAAUGAUUCAAUUCAUAAUAGGAAAGUACGAGAGUGUUAUA